ACGAAAAAGAACACACAUCCUGUAUAUUCAUCGACAAGCUCUGCUCGUGGACAUGGCUACGUAGUUGCCAAUGUGCACCACUCCAUGGACAUAGCGCUGGUUUACAGGACACCGGGAUAUUUGUCGUGGAGGAAAUUGCAACUAAGUCGGGCGAAACUCAAAGCGUCCAGUAAAACGUCAGCUUUACUCUCCGGCUUUGCUAUGGUUGCCAUGGUGGAGGUGCAACUGAAUUCCGACACAAAAGUUCCCAAGGAAAUGCUGAUUGCCUUCGCAAUAUGUACAACCUUACUGGUGGCUGUACAUAUGCUGGCGUUAAUGAUAUCUACCUGCAUACUACCGAACAUCGAGGCCAUCUGUAAUCUACACAGUAUAAGUCUCGUGCAUGAAUCACCGCACGAGCGUCUGCACUGGUACAUAGAGAUCGCAUGGGCUUUCUCCACGCUACUGGGAUUGCUGUUGUUCCUGUUCGAAAUCGCCAUACUCUGCUGGGUAAAGUUUUACGAUUUUUCUAAGGAGGCUGCUUGGUCGGCCUGCGUAGUACUAAUACCUGUACUGAUAAUUUUUAUUGCGUUUGCGAUACACUUUUAUCGGAGUUUGGUUGCGCAUAAGUAUGAAGUGACGGUGUCUGGCAUACGAGAACUCGAGUUACUCAGGGAACAAAUUGAAUCUACGGAUGUAGAGGGUAGGAAUGGAGUGAAUCUCAUGCAGACUGGAGUGACACAUGUUGUUUGAAAAUUUGUCUCUACAAUCUUUCUCUUGCCGUCUGAAUAUAAUCUGAAUUUAUUAUAUUACAUUAUUUAUUUUUUUAUUGUAAUUAUAAAUGAUUUUAUAAUUAUACUGACAUUGAUAUUUAUAAUUAUACUAAUGAUUUAUUAGAAAGCGCGAUAUAUAAAAUGAUUUUCUUUUGUUUGAUUUCUUUAGCAUAGUAAAAGUAAUUUUAGAUAAUAUUAUGGGAAUUACAACAAAUUAUAGAGUUCAUAAAAUUGUUUAACUAACAAGAGGUGCCUAUAUCCUGGGGGAUCACUGAUUUUUACGAAAAUGUAGUAUGGAGCAGAAAUGUAGUAUGGAGCAACAAAUCCUAAACGAAGAAGAUGCGCCGCGGACUACUAACGCGACGCCUUGUCCGCUGCGCCUCGCCGCCGCUUCGAAAAAUCUUUUUUUUGCAACGGUACUUAAGCAGCGUACUAAACUUCAAACCGCGACUCCUCGAAAACACUUGAAAAGUGCAUCGUCUCCGUUUAGCAUAUGUUGCUCCUAUAUCCAUACUACAAGUCUCGUAAAGUUUCGUAAAAAUCGGUGACCUCCAGGGUGUAGGCACUCCUUGUAAGUAUUAGAGACGAUACAAGCCAAUAUGCCGAGUGUGCAAAUAUUAUAUGAUACGGAAAAAUAUUAUUUUUCGGACAGCUUGCAACGUAAUUGGAAUGUUAAAAACAGGACACAUUUAUUAGUGUGCAAGACACUUUAUGUGCACGGAUUAACUCAAAUUGAUCUAGUGUGACAACUAAGUUCGAAAAAAUAAAAUUGACAACGAAAGGCUUAUAUUGCGACACCAACUAAUGUUGAGGACUGCACCUUGCUCUUCUUCCGGGGAGGCUCAGGCCCACCUAGUACAUGCAAAAGCCGCUCUUUGGGACGACUGGAUAAUACUUAACAUCCCCAUGUUCAAACACUUCAAUGGUGUCAAUAAUGGAAGACAACGCUUUAAGCGUUGCGAAGUGCGACAUAAUCAUUGUGUCAAAAUUAAAGGAAGGUGACACAAAUUCCUGAGCCUCUAUUUUCUCAACAGCUAGCUGAUCCUUGCGUUCGUAACUAGCUUUGAUCAUCUGGAGAUGGAACUGAGCGAGUGUUAAAUGAUACAAAUUAGUACAAAAAAUUUAUUACUUAUAUUUAAAAUGUGUAAUACAGUUUACGGAUUUUAAUAUAGUUAAUAAUUCGCGCCAGUUGUCCACAAAAGAAAAUUAGAUCUGUAUUAAAAGUAAA